CGCCCCAUUUCCAGUUCUCCACACGAGCCCACAUCUCCUCGGGAUAAUUGACGAUAACCCCCUUUGUUGGAAUGCUUCUUAGGAUUGCGUCGUCUCCGGCCGCCGUCGCCGCGGCUAGCCAGCUCUCUGCGCCAGGCCCGGCCCACGGUUCUGCGAGGCUGCCGCCAUUAGCGAAAGGGCCGUCGACGGCGUGCAGGGCUGCGAGGAAGGGGAACAAGGAAGAGGUACUCCUCAGUGGUGUGAUGUUCCAGCCGUUCGAGGAGCUCAAGGGGGAGCUUUCGCUCGUGCCGCAGGCCGAGGGCCAGUCGCUCGCCAGGCAAAAGUUCGUCGACGAAUGCGAGGCCGCCAUCAACGAGCAGAUCAAUGUGGAGUACAAUGCCUCGUACGCGUACCACUCCCUCUACGCCUAUUUCGACCGGGACAAUGUGGCCCUCAAGGGCUUUGCCAAGUUCUUUAAGGAAUCGAGCGAUGAGGAGAGGGAACACGCGGAGAUGCUUAUGGAGUACCAGAACAGACGUGGAGGGCGGGUGAGGCUCCAGUCCAUUGUGACCCCAUUGACAGAGUUCGACCACUCUGAGAAAGGCGAUGCUCUGUAUGCAAUGGAGUUGGCUCUAGCUCUUGAAAAGCUCGUGAAUGAGAAGCUGCACAACCUGCACGCUGUGGCAACAAGGUGCAACGAUCCUCAGCUGAGCGACUUUGUUGAGAGUCAAUUUCUACAGGAGCAGGUUGAUGCCGUGAAGAAGAUCUCUGAGUAUGUGACGCAGCUUAGGAGAAUCGGCAAAGGGCACGGGGUGUGGCACUUUGAUCGAAUGCUGCUUGAAGAAGAGGCCUAGAGAUCAGGCCAUGAAUAUGCUUUGCUGCUCAGGUGAAGAUGCAUGUAGGUUACAACUCACAACUGUCAAGUAGUGGAUCAGCCAACCACUGGAUGUGUUUCUUGAGUUUUGGCAGUGGGUUGACAGAGUGGUAUGUAAGGUGUAUGAGUCUUCCAAAAGAACAUGCGCUGAAAGUAGAACAUGUGAACGGUGUCACUUCUGUGCUUGUGCUGCCAGUGGACACAGUUGAAAUAAUAAAGCAAGGGCUAUAUGUCAGGGUCUUUGGUGAGUCUA